GUAAUUUUGUUGUGUUAUUUAAAACUACGGCAAGGAUUAUUUUAAAAUGGAACAACUUAUAGAUGUGAGCUGCAUUAAAAAGGAGCACACGGAAGCUAACAAUGAAGAUAAAUACAAUGAACCCAAGCAUUGCAAUGCUAGCAAAGUUAACACAGCAACGAAUUUGGACAUGGAAAAGUUAGAAGUAACUGAAAUGGACAUAGGACCCAUAAAAAUAGAACCGGGUGUUAACAGGGAGAUUAAGAUGGAAUAUGAAGAAGCACAACAGAAGCUGCAGUCGGUAGAGCAUGCUGUAAGCGGCAAGUACACUGUGUCCCAACGGGCACAAGCCUCACAUCAAUUGCCUGCCGUAGUGAAAUCAAAUAAUCGCCGCAUUAUUGUGCGUGAGCUGCAUCAGCGUCUUCUGAAACUCGACAUGGCCAUCAAGCCCAGCAAAAGAUCAGCUGCUGAUCCACGUUCGUUACCUCCACCUAAAUCCAGCGCACAGCGAAUGCGUGAAAUGCGACAACGCCGCAGGAAAGCCGACAGUGCAACUCAUCCGCCGAAUAGGCAGCGUAUGCAGGAUCUGCGUCAGCGUCUCAUGAAUUUAGAGCAGCCUAUUAAACUGCCGGCCAGUAAAACAAGUACCCAAAAAAGCAGUGAGCUCCAUUCGCGUCUGCUGCAACCGGAAAAUGUCCAGACGCCUGCUAAAAAUAGCGAAAACAAAUCAAGCGAGAUUCCGCGUAUAAGAACUACACCCAAAUCAAGUGCUCAGCGCAUGCGUGAACUGCGUCAGCGUCGUCGGGAUCUUCAAAAUGACAAUACACCUGCAGAACAAAAAAGAAGCACCAAAAACUCACGUCCACAGACGCCGCCUGAUCUGAGCGUUAAGCGUAUGCGUGAAUUCCGACAGCGUCUGCUGGAACUGGACACAUCUCACAAAGGCAAGCACAGCGAGAGCAUGAGAAAAACUGAUGAAGUUCGAAUAUGCUGAGUAUUGCAAAAGUUUCAAUAUUAUUAGGCAAUUUUAAAGACGCUUUUAUGAUAUUUGUAUACAAGUACUCAGAAAAGCCCGGUAGUCAUUGUAGAGCACUUCAUCUAGUAGGUUAUUCCAAUGCAAUUACAAAUUUCUUAAAAUUUCUUUAUACUUAUCGCAUAUGUUUAUGCCCCUUUUAGAGGGGCAUACAAAUUUUGCCAAAAUACUUCGCUUAUUUUGGCAAAAUCAAAGCAAUGUCUCAAAUAACUGCCUGAAAAACAAUAAAAUAAAAAUUAUUGUCGAUAUAGAUAUAAAAAUAUCAAAUUUUUUAUAGCUAUUUAAAA